AUGUUAUUGGUGUUAGUAAUUUGUCAAUUCUUUAUGGUUGGUGUACGAGGUCAAAUAGAUACCUGGAUUAGAGGACAGAAUUCGCUGACUUUAAAUGGAAAAUAUAAAAUAAAGACCGAUGCUACCUCGGUAGUAGCUUGUAGUUUUGAAUGCAGUUCUCAAUUUGGUUGUCGACAUUUUUUCUUUGAUUUCACCACCAACAGGUGUUACCUUAACUCCAAGUUUUUCGACUCUCAAUCAUUGACUACCUUGAAUGCAUCCAGAUAUGAUAUAUCAGGUGGCGAUAUUUGUCCAGCAACUUUCAAGUUGACAGAAGACGGUAUCUGUUUUCUUGUCAUGAACAAUCCAGGGUAUAAAGUUAACUUCGAUCAUGCUAGAAGAGAUUGUCAAGUUUAUGGUGCAGAUCUGAUGGUGAUAGAUAGUCAAAGAAAGCACGAUGUCUUAUUGAAUUAUGUUGACGAAGACAAGCACUAUCUCUUUGGAAUUUACAACAUAACAAUAAAUGGAGAGUUUCUGACAGUAGAUGGUAGAACUGAUGCCGAUUUCACCUAUAGAAACUGGAAUGUAAAUUAUCCAAAUGGUACACAGGAUGCAACAUAUGGUGUGUUUAGAACAAUUGGAGGUGGCCCUUUAUUUCAAUGGAAGAAUGCAAUCAACUUACAACGUUAUUACAUUUGCGAACUCUAA